CAUUUGGUACAAACUGUAAACUGUUCAAUACUACAUGUUUUUAAUUAAAGGUAAAAAUAUAUAUUAUUAUAUGUAUGUGUGUAUCAGAAGAUAAUGGAUGCAAAUAAAAAAGAAUCAUUGAUAAAAUGGAUCAAUGUAAUGAUCAAAGAUGCAGCAAUCUCAAGACUUUCAGAAUUGAAAGAGAACUCUACUAUUUUGCUAAAAGUUAUAAAAAUGAUUGAUCCAGAUUUGCAAUUUUCGAUAGGAACAGAUGAGAGAAACAUCAUUUAUAUUUGUCAGUAUGUGAAAGAUUUGUUUAAUCAUGAUGUUGUUAGUGAAGAAGAGAUUUUACUUGGUAAUGAAAUUGAAAUUGGGAAGUUGCUGUGUUUCCUUCUUGAGUUAACGUUAACAAGUGCAAACAACAAAGAGUCUAUUGCAAGAAUACAAUCAUUACCUGAACAUAUACAGACUAAUAUUAUGUCAAUGACUAAAAUGGUUUGUGACAAUAGUGAAAAGUUGAAUUUGGCUGAUAUUAUGAGUAAAAUGCUGAGAAAGAGUGUUUCUGAAGAGUCAGCUGAAGUAUUAUCACCUUAUUCAUCUGCAAUUGUUUCUCCUUCAAAACCAACAGCUUUAAAUUACUUAGAGUCACCGCUAGGGAGGUCAUGUUCCUCAUUAAAUUCUUCUGCAGAUAAUACAUCGCCCUUGGCUGCUUUUGCUUCAUCGCCACAAGCUCUUUAUCGAAGAGUUAUGGUUGAAAACUCAAAAUUGAAGCAAAAGGUCCGACAUUCAGAAAUGUUUUUACAAAGAAAGCAUUUCGAUGAACAGUUAGCAUUCGAUGUUGAAUCUGAAAAAAUGGAAAUAUUGGAGAAUAACAAAAAAUUAGUUAAAGAUCAAGAAUUACUUUCACAAAAAGUAUCAGGCUUGGAAGACACUAUAACGAAAUUAAGAGAAGAAAUUGAAUUUUUGCAGCUGGAGGUUAGAUCCAAGGACAAGGAAAUAGCUGAUCAUGUAAAUGAGAUUAAGAAGUCCAGCACGACUGUGAAGCAAUUGCAGGAUACUGUUGAUUUAUGCAGUGAAAUGGAAUUAAAAAUUCAAGAAAAGCAAAAUCACUAUGAAGAGGAAGCUGCUAAAACGACAUCUUUAACGUUGAAAGUAAACAAACUCGAACAACAAAAUUCUGAUUUAAAAGGGGAGCUGGUUCGUACAAAAGAAAACAUGGAAGAAAUUAACGUUCAAAUGCAAAAGAAGAAAGAUGAUUAUACAGAUCAACUGGCUCACAUGCAGGAGAAAAUUGUAAAAUUAGAAAAACAACUAUCCAAACAAGGAGAGCAGCAGGAAAGUUUGGCAGAUACAUUGCAAUUGGACACUGAAAUCUCCAACCUAAAGGAGCAGAACAAAAAACUUCAGAACACAAUUAACGUGCAAGAAGCCACGAUAGUAAACAUGGGUUAUGAAACAAAACAAAUCAGUAAAAUUAAACAUGAGCUCGAGGGUGAGUUGGAAUCAUGCAAAACAGAGUUGACAAGUUUGAAGUCAAAAACCGAAGCAACUAACGAAAGUUACAAGAAGCAGAGCAACCAAUACAUGGACCAAAUAAGUGCUUUGUUAAAACAAGUUGAUGAACAUACUUUACGAAAUGAAGGAUUGAAUGCCAAGAUCAGCAGUACUGAAGAGAAAUGUAAAACGUUAGAAAAACAACUUGAGAAAUUUGAAGCCAGCGAGAAAAAAAUACAUGUGGAAAUACAGCAACAGUAUGCAGAACUCAAGACUAAACAAGACAAAAUAAACGAGUUGCAGGGACAAGUCGAAAAAGAAAAACUACAAGUUGCUGAAGUAAAAAAGCGAAACUGUUUGCUGGAGAGCAACUUGAAAGAAAUUACUAACGAAAACGAGCAAUUGCUUGCUGUAAAGAAAGAAUACGUCAAUCUACAGAAGAGAAAUGAGGGAUUGGUUUCUGUAGAAAUUGAGCACAAAGCUCUCUUGGAACAACACAAUAACACUGUUGCGGAGUGUAAAAGAUUGAAGAAGGAAUGCGAUAAAGUGCCCCUACUCGAAGAAAAAUGUAAAAACCUAACCAAUAUGAACGCUGGGUUGACAUCGAACGAAAUCAAGUUGGCUGAAGAAAACAUCAAGUUGAAAGUAUUUAAAAAACAAUGCACAAAACUUACGGAAGAAAAUAAACAGAUGGAAGUUCUUGUUAAAAGAAACGAAGAGUUGUUGAAAGAAAAUAAACAAAUACCUAUUUUAGUAAAUGAUUGUAAAAAAUUAAGCGAAGAAAAUAAACGAUUAAAUAACAUUUCAGACGAAAAUCGACAAUUGCGCGAUGAAAAUAUGAAAAUCGAAAAGUUGGUGCAGGAAAAUAAUCACUUACUGAUGGAAAAUCAAAAGAUUGAAGUACUUGUAAAAGAAAAUGAGAAACUAUUGGAAGAAGCGCAGAAAAUACCAGUGCUAAAAGAUGAACUCACUGAACUGUCUUCGCAGAACGCUAGCUUGAAGAAGACUGAGGUUGAGUUACGUCAAGCUAUUACGCAAAAUGUGAAAAUGGAAGACGUUGAGAAAGAGUGCCUUCGCUUGAAACAAGAGAUCUCGAAAUUAAAGGAAGCUGGCGCUAAACACAAGCGCCAAAUUGAAGAAGCGUCGCGCCUAAGCGAUGUCAAAUAUCAAAUUCUGCUUAAAGAAAACGAAAGAUUGUACGAAAUAGAAAAGAAGUAUAAAGAAUUGCUUGACAAAUUUAACCAGCUGUCUAGUGAUCAUGUGAAAGCGUCGAACGAAGCUGUGGAAAGAAGAAAGGAAUUCGAAAAUCGAUUACAUGUAAUGGAACAGCAGCGACUUGAGCUUGUGAGCAAAAACGAGCAACUCACAGCGGAAAAACAAAAUGAAGUCGGAAAGGCUGCCAGGUUGGAAAUAGAAAACAAAGGACUAUUGAAAGAAAAAAACAACCUGCGUGCUGAUUAUAACGAAGCUGUCGAAAAAAACGUAAAGCACUCAACAACUGAAAACGACAAAAAGAUGGCAGACCAGGAGCGUUUGUAUGAAGUUGAAAUAAUGAAAUUAAAUGAAGAAGUCAACGAUGCCGUAUUAAAAUACCAGCACGCCAAAACUCUAUUAGAGGAAAACAAAAACAUCGCAGAACAAGAGAGAAAGUUAAACGAGCAACUUUCAGAAGAGUUACGUGAAAAGGAUAAAUUUAUUGAGCAGUUGGAGAACAAGUUUCUUGACGAGCAAGCACUUAGUAAAAGAACAGCAGCUAACAUACGUUCACUAGAGGCUCAAUUGUCCAGCUCUGACGCUCUCAUAAGAAAUCUUAAGAAAGAAAUUGCAGGGCAUAAAGCAGCUGAAGACGUCAACGAUCUACAGCGAACAAAUACGAGGUCAUCACGAAAACGAGACAUAAAUGAUUUAAGUUCUGAAAGUGAUGGCGGACUGUUGCAGAUGACAGAUUUGCAGAUGGGUUUUAAUACUGGGGGUAAGGCAGAGGAGAUCUUUCAACGUUCUCGCUCAACUAGGUCACGAAACAGACACAGCAUUUUAGUGCUACCUACAACUUGCGAGGAAGCAGAGACGUCCGAUAAUGACGAAAAACCGAUGACGCGAACAUAUUCCCUUCGACAGAAAACUGAGCGACGUCGAUCUUUUCAACCUCGCCGUUACAUGGGCGGAAACACUCCACCGGGGCGCAGAACUUUAAUUGGUGAACCUUCUCAAGUUAUGUGUGCUUUUAGUACAGACGCUGAGGAGGAGCCAGAAGUUAUGGAUGAUAUGGAGUGGGGGAGAAUCGCACUACUUAAAGAGUCGGCCCCCGAAAUAUCAGAAGAAGAAAAAAACCGACUUCGUGAAUUGCAGAGACGAAAUACUCUUUGUUUACCACAUUUGAAAUCGUCAUAUCCUAUGGAAUUGGAGGUUACGAAGGAGAAAAAAGAUGUUCCAGAAGCGACCGUGAAAGAUGUUCAGACUGGUAAAAGGAAAAUACCAAAUGACGAUGCUCCGCGUGGAACAUUUAAAAAAUGGAAAACCGACCAUGCACUCCGUAGCAGCAGCGGUAAUCUUUCAACAUUCAGUCGGAGCGCUCAAUCAGAAUCGAACCUGAGAAGGAGUUCAAGACUUUCACCUCAAGUUCAACGUAAGGAAGAACCUUCUAAAGUUUCUCUACCGCAGAGUGUAUCGUUUGAAAUAACAAUGGAGCCAGCUAAAAAUACACGACAGCGAAUGCCUCGAUCGAACGCUUCAGGGAAUUUAUUCAACACAAGUUCCCCGAAAAAAAUCCAAGAAUCUGCGCAAUCAAAAGAGGAAACGGGACCUACUGGAAGAAGUACAAGAUUAAGAAAUCGGGAAACAGUCAAGGUUGAGAAGCCAGAACUUGGUACGACUUAUAAAAUAACCAAGUCAGCAAAAUCUGAACAAGAUAAAUCUGAAAAUGACAAGUUUGUACGGAAUGAUUCAAAGAGAAGUUCUUUCUCAAGAGCUACCUCAAAAAUGGCUGCAUCUUUUCGCGCGAAAAGAGGUGCACGAACCAACAAAUAAAAAGUAAUAUUUUUUUUAAAAUUUUAAUUCGAACGUAUUGAAGUUUUUGGAUAAAAUGAAUAUGGGUAUAAUAAAUCGGUUAACAUUGUUAAUCACUCUGCUUUUAGGUCAUAUAGUUUCCAGAUAAUUAUAAAUUUUGCACACCAUAUCAUUUCAAAUGUUUUAUUUGUGUAAGCUUGACAAAGGGUGGCUAACGGUUCUGAAAGCAGAUUUUUUAAAGUUUUUGGUUACAGGAUAUUUGUUUGAGCCAUUUUUAAGACUUCUUCUGGAAAUAUUGUUUGCUUCUUGAUGUUUUGCACGCUACUUCUUCCUUCGGUUACCAUCUUGAAGUUCGAUCGUUUUACGUCUUCCCGUUUGUUUUCUGCCGUAAUCUGUGUUUUUGUAAAUGAAAAAAUAUUUAGGAAUGUUUUUUUCAACAUUUGUUAGCCACCCUUGGAAACAGAAAACUAACUGUUUGCAAGCUUGAUUAUCAUUUCUUCAAUUUAUGGCGACUUAAACUAUUUUAUAUUUAUUUUUUAUUUUGAGUAGUUCCUAAAUUAAUGGUCUAUUAUUUAAUUUUUGUCUCGAUAAACUGAAGGAUUAACUUAGAUUCCUUUUUACUACAGUCCUAUCAACCCUCGUUCUUGUCAAAUUCAAGGUUGGGAGGACGAAUUUUUUAUCACCAGAAAGGAUUCUUUAUGGUUAAAACGAUUUUAUGAGUUUGAAAUACUUCAUUUUUUCUUAGCGUGUAGAUUUUAUGUAAUUUAGUAAUUAAAUAUUUUUAAAAAUA